AUGACGUGGAUCGGUUGGAGUUCGUCUGUCGGUUCCCUCGUCGCGUUGACCAUUUGCAUUUUCUAUCUACCGUACCUGCACUAUCAAGUAAAUGGCAUUCAAAUGGACAUGUCUCAACGCGGGGAUCAAUUCAGAAUAAAGGAACAAGAGGCUUUGGAAGGAUUGGAGUUGAUCCGGAAAGGUGUUCCCCGAGUACGAAAAACACGAAAUGCGCCUCAAUGCGGCUGUGACAGUGAUCAACGGUGUCCAAUGGGAGCACAAGGAGCACCGGGAAUCGAUGGAGAAAAUGGGAAAAAUGGGGAACCUGGCUCAAAGGGAGUCCCCGGACUGGCAGGCAUCGUUCCCGCCGAGCUGAUGAUGGAGGGAGGCUGUGAAGCUUGUGUGGAAUGUCCACCAGGGCCUGAGGGACCCGAAGGACCACCUGGACCUCCAGGACCAAAAGGAGAGCCCGGAAUCGAUGGAGAGCCUGGAGAGAAUAGUCAUGAAGUUGGUGAGCCGGGUCUGCCAGGCCCCCAAGGACCCAAUGGAACACAAGGAGAUCCAGGACAUCCUGGCCCUGAAGGAGCCCGAGGAAAAUCGGCGCCAAGGGGAGGAAUGGGCAAAGAGGGACCAAGGGGAAAGACUGGCCCAACCGGGCCACCUGGAGAGCCUGGAGAUCGGGGAUUGCCUGGUGCUCCCGGUCAGGACGCUCGUCUGGGUGAAAUGGGUAAAUCGGGAGAAGACGGUGAACGCGGGAAACCGGGAAAACCGGGUCCAAUAGGUGAAGUUGGAUGGCCGGGAAGGGAUGCUCAUUAUUGUCCAUGUCCACGCAGAAUGGCCUCACUUGAGACGUACAAUAAGAUGAAGAAAAAGCGAGAAGCGGCACAGAAGAAAAGAAAAUCGAUAAAGAAGAGGACUGUCAAGUAUGCACCA